CUUCCCAUCCUCAAAUCAUUUGAACAUCUGUUCUCUCAUCAAAAACUGUUAGCUGUAGUCAAAGACUGCAUCUACUUUGGAACCACAAGGAACAGCCCGCUCGUUAUUCCAUCCGACUCAACCUAGUUCUAUCAACAUGAAGCUUCUCUCCGGCGUUGUCGCCUUGGGCCUACUGCCGCUUGCACUUGCCAACUCAAUCCUCGUCACUUACCCCAAGAAUACACCAGACUCUGUGAUUGAUAGCGCGAAAGAUUCAGUCAGGAAGGCUGGUGGCACUAUCACUCAUGAGUACACAUUGGUGAUAAAGGGAUUCUCCGCGGACGCCCCGGAGGCAGCCAUCCAGCAAAUUUCGACGGAAUCGACAGAGUACAAACCAAAUAUUGAACAGGACCAGCCUGUCUCAAUCUCGUGAACGGAGAUGCCUCGGUUGCCUUAUGCCAGGCUUUGUCAACGAAAUGAAUGCCUCUCAGAUUUAGGGUACAUUGUAAUGAAUAACGACAGGAGUUGACUGAAAUGCAGAGAAAUCAAUUUUUGUAUUUCCAUCGACUCUAUGUAUCGCAGACAAACACAUUCUUUUACGAUGGCGUUUUGAAUGAAUUGGAUAAUACACAAUGCUUGCCGUACCUUUGUUGUCACGAAUGUUGCAGUUGUAUUUCUUUAUGAUAAAUUCAAAUUAUGAAAUAUUAAACUGGUCCAAUGCCUGGAUUACGAAAGCAAAGUCUCGACAUUUUCCUGGGUG